GAGAACAAGUCCAUUGUUGUUGGGAACUUUUUAAUCUGGGAUUUGAACCCCGUCACGUGCUCGGACAGCCCGCUGCUGCUCACAUCCAGACAGAGGAGGGAGACGCACGCUCCCUCCCGCCUGCUCGCGCGCCGCUUCACACCGUUUCACCCGCGGAGCAGAGCGAGUGGGCCCGCCUCUGGACCACCAUGACGCACCAGUACAGCCAGAGGUCCUUGCUGGUUCUGGCCUUGCUGGGGCUGUUAUCCGCGAUCAUGGCAGCGUUAUCGGUCCUCCUGAUCUUCCAGCUGCAGGCCCCGCGGGGGCCCGUCUCCACGCUCCUCCCCGCCUCGGUCUGGGCCGUCCUGCAGCCCGUCUCCACGGUGCUGUCCGCCCUGGCCCUCACGCUCCACCUCAGCUCUGCGCUGGUGUGCCUCCUCCACAGCUACUUCUCCACAGAAGUCUGCCGGGAGGACCAGGACACCCACAGAGCAGACUGGUUCCUGCUGGACAGCAUAGGAGCGCGACACGUGGCCAUUGGACUCUUCUGUCUGGGGGUGUCGGUUUACUUGAUAGCGAUGUCGAUUUUCAUGCUCCUCAUAUUUGAGAUGGAGACGGGCAUUGCCAGCGCCUGCGUCCUCUCCUCAGGAAUCCUCAUCUUGUUUGUGGCUGUGAUCCAUUCUCUGGUCAAAGCUUCUCACACCGCCAAGCGCUAUCGGAACGACCACAUCCACACGCUGUACGAGAACGAACAGGGGCGCAGCAGCUUGCCCCUCUCGAGGCCCUGCGAGCUAAGGGUGGGCGUGGACAAACCGCGGAUUCACCGCAGCCAGUCUCACGUUCAGCAUCCGGUCUCGUACCAUCCGUGCAGCGGCCGCAGACCGCAGGAACAGUACGAGCAGCAGCACUCUCCUGCUGAGGGUCUUCAGGGACACAUGAACGAGAACGAGUGUUACAAUAGCGGGGGCAGUUUUCCCAGAAUGCACAGGACUCUGUCCACUGAAUCCGCUUUGCUACAAGCCCAGACUAAACCCUGGAAUGGGGUCAACAACGAAAUGAGGAGCGUUCUUGCACGGAAGUCAGGAAUUUCUGCUAAAGACUCCACUCUUGUGUGACUGUAGAUGAGGAAAAAUAAUUAGAGUCAAAUGAAUUUGAAGUUCACUGAUCAGUCUGCCAGUUUGUACAUUUUUAUUAGAUCAUUUAUCCUGACAUUUUUAUUGUACUCAAACGUAGAGUUGUUUCGAUUAAAGGAAAAAUCUAUAAAUCUAUAACAUUCUGUUUUUUUAAGAAUGAACAUGAAUUAAAUGAAUAAAAAUGUUAUCAUACACACCAAGCCAUCCAAGUAUCAGUCUGACACACUGAUAACUUUUAUUAUAAUGAUGUUGAUUCUUUACUCUGCCGUGUACAGGGCUGUUGUGUCUUAUGUUAACUGUAAAUAAACUCAGAAACAAACUUAAGGCUUUGAUACUCAAUAAAAUAGUUUUAAGACCCAUUCCAAUGAAAACUGUAUUUUUAAUGUGUUGUUUUUGCUUUUUUCUCAAUAGAGGACAUAUACAUUUAUAAAGAACUUAAGA